CAUCAUUCAAGAUGGCCAGAGGCAAUCAAAGAGACAAGGCUCGUGAGGCUAAUCAGAAGAAAAUGGCCGACCAAAAGAAAUCCAACAACAUGUCCGGCUCUGAGAUGCAGCGUGAGAAGGAGAAGGUUGCACAAAAGAUGAGGGAGAAGCAGGCUGCUGCCGAUGCGAAGAAGGCUGCUGAAGCCGCUGGUGGAGCGAAGAAGUAGUAGACGACAUCGAUAAUUUCCCACCGAAGUCUUCGACGAUGCGAGGAGGUAUUUGCCGAGUUAUGACGGAGUUUCGGUACGGAUUGCAUUACAUGGGCACUGAGCAUUGGUUACAUGAGAUGAACAAUUUAGAAUGCGUAGUUGGGGCAAUCGACAGUUUGAUUUCUCUCCAAUAUUCUUUCUGUGCUUAGUCUCUUCAGUGAUGGAACGGAGGAUGUUAACCUCGCGGUUUACCACUCGAAAGACUUUCUCGUUACGCUGAACUUCGUUCCCCUUCUUCCAUCAACAGUCGGAGGAAAGAUAUGUGGCCCUUGUGUCCUUCAGAGAAGACAUUCCUAUGUUUUCACCAUAAAAUAUUCCAACCGAAACCGGCAAGUAUGAGAAAGGGGGGCCAUCUACUGCCUUAAUAAUCUUUCGUUCGAAGGCAAUUUGAGGGGCAUUGCGGUGGACAGGAGGGAAUACCUCAGCAAAGCAC